AUGGAAGGAACUCUUCAUACAGAUGGCGUAUGGGCUGGCGAGAAUGACUCGGCAUCCUGUCGAGACGACUCGUCACAGUGGUCCGAGACGCUGCGAGCAAGCUCAUCAUCGCCGAGUGCCUUCUCCGAGGAAGCCCCCGGCUUAGCGGUAGAGAUUCCCGACCUUCACUUGACGUCGCCUCGAUCCUGCUACGAGCCGUUUAACCCACCUGCUCCCCAAAAAUCUGAAGAAGAUGCCUUGGAGUGUUUCGGCCUGUCUGUACAGCCUCAGUCCUCACCCUCUUCUGGUCAUUCUGAGCUACGGCUGGACGAAUUUGCAGUUUACUUGGACACUGAAAGAUAUCCGUGUGAGAUGCGCUGCUUGCACCAGCUCUAUACCAGGCCCGACUACGGGAGCUUCUUCUUCGACGGAGUUCUGAGCAACAAUGGAGAAGGCAAGACGUUUAUGAAACGAAUCCCAAUUAACGCGGUUCCAGUAGGACAAUAUGGCCAGCAAUAUCAUAGUGUGGGUAAUCAGAUUUGGGUGCAGUCCACGUAUUGCGAGCAGAGUGACGUCUUCUACAGACUCGGCCUGCCUGCCAAGGAGUAUCGCCGCUUCUUCAAGGAUUUCCUAUGGGUCGCCAACCUUGCCAAGCAUUUCAUCGACUUCCUCGUCUUUAUGGAGCAAGAAAAAACAAGAGUGACGAUACGCCACUUCCAGAGCGCGUUCAAAGACUGGCUUCUUGUUGUGCACGGGGAUGCUCCUGUCUUGAUGGAUUGGCUGGCACAGAAUCCAUCAAGCGACUUUCGGACUUCCGUAAAUGCAAAUAUUCCUUUUCUUUACAAGGAAUACAAGGGAAUAUUUACAGACAAGGAGUACGGCUAUCAUGACAUCUGGGCUGAGAUCUGGGAUUUCACAAAGUAUCCAAACCUCUCGACAGGAACUGCACCCCAGCCGACCGUCGUCACUCCCUACGUCUAUCAUCAAUUUUCUGACUUGCCGUUUGGAAAUCGACUGAACAACUUUCCAGAUUCUACCUCUGGCAAAUACCGGCCAGGAAACACGUUUCUUGUCCAUGUAAAUGUGGCCAGCUCGACUUCAGAAGCAUGUGAACUUAUCAGUGUAAACACACGGCACGCGAGAACUCGUCUCUGCUUCCGAAAACUGCUUCGGCGAAGUGAUAUGGACGGCACGGCUGUCACUUCUGCCCGUAAUGAAUUAGUGUAUAGCAACGAGUCGAUCGAAUGCGACCCGAGUCGUAUCGUCGGAAAAUGCCACGUUCGGUUCUUUCCCCAUAGUGAAAAUAUCCCAGCGCCGUAUAAUCGAGCUGGAGUCGGCGGUUACUUUUACAUCACGCAUCGAGUAUCACCCGCUGGGUUGUGCGUUCCAUUACGCAGCUUCCCCUCGUCACUACGCCAGGGAUUUGAUCCCGCUGUUGUCAUCUCCGAGCUUCGAGGAUUGGACCUCUUCUGUGGCGGCGGAAACUUUGGCAGGGGCCUCGAAGAAGGGGGUGCCGUUCGCAUGAGCUGGGCCAACGACUGUAAUGCCCGAGCAAUUCACACCUACAUGGCCAAUUGCAGCCAUCCCAACCUCUUGAGCCCGUAUCUCGGGUCCAUAGAUGACUUCCAAAAGGAGGCAUUCAGCGGUAAUUUCUCCAAGUCGGUGCCUACCAUAGGUAGCGUCGACUUCAUCUCCGGAGGCAGUCCAUGUCCCGGCUUCUCUCUUCUCACAAACGACAAGACGACAGACGAACAGCGCAAAAACCAGUCUCUCGUGGCAGCCUUCGCCUCAUGCGUCGACCUCUACCGGCCCAUGUACGGACUUCUGGAAAACGUUCCCGGCAUUGUUCAAAGUAAAGCAAACAGAGACCAGGAUGUCUUGAGCCAGUUUAUAUGCGCAAUUGUUGGUAUAGGAUACCAAGCCCAGGUGUUUUGUCUCGACGCCUCAUCAUAUGGAUCGGCGCAAAGACGUUCACGCGUCUUCAUAAGCUUCGCGGCACCAAACUAUAAGCUGCCUGGUAAGCCUCAGCAAACUCACUCGCACCCUCCGGCAACCAGGUAUACAAGCUUUGUCAAACUUCCCACUGGCGAUGCGUUGGCAGAGCGUGACUUUCUACGAGCAACUCCAUUCUCGUAUUCUACAGCUAGGCAGGUGACUUCUGGCCUUCCCAAGAUAUACAGUGGCCAGACACAUACUUGUAUCACCUUCCCUGACCACCGUCUGGCUUCUGGGCUCACCAAGGACUUGAAGGCACGAAUAUCGCUGAUCCCGACCCGGCCGUGGGGAAUGGAUUUGCGCAGCGCAUCCCGCGAAAUCCUCACGCCAGCGGAGAAAGGGGUGUUUUUAACAAAGAGGAAGAUAUCAGAGCCUAACAAACUAGACCGGAGCUCUUCCGCAUAUGGACGGCUAUACCCUAACCAACUUAUGGGGGCCAUUAUAACAAAGCAGACCCCUGGCGACCGCAAGCACGGUCGCCAGUUGCACUGGGACGAGAAUCGAGGCCUCUCCGUCAUGGAGGCCCGUCGUGCCCAGGGCUUCCCGGAUGAUGAAGUCAUUCUGGGCACCCCUGCAGAACAAUACAAGAUUGUGGGCAACAGCGUUGCGCGAGAGGUGGCCCUGGCUCUAGGGUUGUCGAUUCGCGAAGCAUGGGCAGAGUCUAGUGCCGAUAUUCAGGAUACGGAGGCGGCCAGGCAUCUGUCCAGCUCCCUUGGACGGCAUGCAGAUCAUGGUCCUCGUCAUACCUCGGUGGUGGAGGCAUCAAUUCGGACUCGCGUGAUUCCGCAGAAGCGAACAGGACUCGCGACUUCGAGAAUGUCGGUUGUAAUAGGGCGUGCAAAGAAAAGGUGCCCACCCGAGUGCAUAGAUGCAAGAUGA